UCUUUCAGUCGGACUGUUUUUGCUGCAGUGAACGGUAGCCGUGGAGAGCGAUACAGAGAAACAGAGAGAGUAAGAGAGAGAGAGAGAGAGAGAGAGAGAGAGCGAGAGAGAGAGAGAGAGAGAGAGAGAGAAAGAGAGAGAGAGAGAGACAAGAAAAGAAAAACAAGGAGCCAGCGGAGGGAGGCACGAGAGCAGAGAACGGACCGAUCCGGCCGGAGCACGAGCGCGGCAUCACGGUAGCAGUUCAGUGAAUCGUAUAUUCAGGUCUCGUGAGGUUUCAUUCGGCCUCGACUGACGCACGGAUGAAAGAGUGCAUGCGUGCGAAUAUGGCAUUCCCAUCAUUCCCGCUGUCCACGCUCAUUGCCCUGACGCUCCUUGUGGCAUCCGUUCAAAGCAACUUUCUGUACGAUGAUGAAGAUCCACUCCAGCCAGUGACUUCAGAUGAGACAGUGGCUGUAGGGGGCACGGUGACCCUGACCUGCCGUGUGGCAGAGAGCGAUAACUCCUCACUGCAGUGGUCCAACACUGCCCAGCAGACUCUAUACUUUGGAGAAAAGAGAGCUCUGAGAGAUAACCGGAUCCAGCUGCACAAGUCCACGCCCACAGAACUGUCAAUCACCAUCUCGGACGUGCAGCUGUCAGAUGAUGGAGAAUACACCUGCUCCAUCUUCACCAUGCCUGUACGGACCGCACGCGCCACCGUCACCGUGCUGGGUGUUCCUGGUAAGCCGGUGAUAUCAGGGUUUGAAGAUGCGGUGCAGGAGGGGGGGUUUGUAACUCUGACCUGCAGCAGUACAGGCAGUAAACCACCUGCUCAGCUGCACUGGUACAGAGGAGCUGAGAAGCUGGAGGGCCGUCCUGACGUGGUGGAGUCAAACCCUGAUGAACCGACCUACACAGUGACCAGCGUUCUAACGCUGUCUGUAACCAGGGACGACAACAAUGCCAUGAUCGCCUGCGCUGUAGACCACCCAUCCAUCUCCAAUGGAGACAAGAGAACAGAACAGCCUCUCAGCGUACUGUUCACUCCGAGUGUGACGAUCAAGCCUGAGAGUGACCUGCCCAGAGAGGGAGAGAAGUUUCACCUGCAGUGUGUCGGCUACGGAAAUCCAGAGCCCACGUCCUUCACAUGGCAGAAGAAAGACGGAGAGCUCCCCCCUCAGGUGAAGGCUGAUGGUGCGUUCUUGCUCUUUGAGGCACUCAACAAAUCUGAUAAUGGAGUUUACCUCUGUCAAGCAAACAACGGCAUUGGCCCGGGAGAAGGAUCUUACACCCUGCUGGUGCAAGACCCAGAGGACUUCAGCCUCCUUUUCCCCUCUUUUACUUCUUCCUCACUUCCCCCUUCCAUUCCUGCAGAACUUUCUACCCUUCCCUCUGAUGACUUUUCCACUCCUCCGUUUCCAACCCUGACCCCAUCUCUCCCUCCUUCUACUGAUUCUUCUUCUUCUUCUUCUUCUUCUUCUUCUUCUUCUUCUUCUUCUUCCUCUACUUUUUCAACUUCUUCUCCCUUGCCGUCUUCCUCUCCUUCUCUCCCUCCCCCCACCUCCCCCUCUACUGUCAGUCUUUCCACCACUCUCUCCAAUGACCUCUUUCCUGACCUCUCACCCCCUGGCACCUCCUCUGUGCCCUCCUCCACUCCUCCUCCUCCCUCGUUCCCCUCUUCCCUUGCUCCCUCACUCCUCCCCACCAAUAUCACUCCAUCCACGGUUACCCAGCUGAAUGGAGUGUCCAUUACAGCCAUCUAUCCAUCCUCUCACGAAGAAGCUUCAGACAACGCUGCAGAUCCCACAGCUAUGUCCGUUUCUUUAGGAGUUGACCACGCUGUGGUUGGUGGAGUGGUGGCCGUCAUUGUCUUCAUCAUUCUCUGCCUCCUCAUUGUCCUCGGCAGAUACCUCAUUAGACACAAAGGCACAUACCUCACCCAUGAAGCGAAGGGUUCAGACGACGCACCGGAUGCUGACACGGCCAUCAUCAACGCUGAGGGCGGCCACUCCGGCGCAGAGGACAAGAAAGAGUACUAUAUCUAAACAUCCUGCCAUCGCUCCAUUCUUUCUUUCUUCCCUCGCUUCACUUCCUUUUGGCCUGGAGGAAGUAUACAAGAAAAAAACACAAGUAUGAUGAGGGAAAGGACGAGAAAAAAAGAAAAAAAAGAAAAAUGUGGAACUGAAGAACGAAUCAAAUGAACAGUUUGUCUGUGGUGAACCGAGAAGGGAGUUUUGCACUGACACAGAGGAUUCACUUCUACACACAUGCAUACAUACAUGCAUACAUACAUACAUACAUACAUACAUGCAUACAUACGUGCAUACAUACAUACAUAUACAUACAUAUACAUACCAAUUAAUACACCGCUUGCGUACGUAUUUGUCCCCAACACAUGUCAGAUUUCAGUUCAACAAAGGCAAUAUGACAGAUUACUCUUCAUUACCUUACACAGAACUCAAAUAUACAUUAAUAUCCAUAUACAGUAUAUAGGGAGAUGUACUGUAUCGGCCAUUGCAUGUACAUAAAAUACACUUCUGUUUUUGAACACACGUUUCCCUUUUCUUCACUUGCUUCUCCCAAACAUUUCACACACACACACACACACACACACACACACACACACACACACACACACACACUAAAGCAAGCAAAGCCCCUCCUCACCCACCUUCACCUACUACAGCAAACAACAUAUACUACAUAUGAGACAGCACU